AGUAGUAGGUAAUAAAAGAAAAUGGACGAAGCUCGAUUGAUAUUGGUUGAACAAUAAAGCAAAAAUUUGUGAGAUUAUAUAUUAUUUUACCCAUUUUAAUUAAUGAAGAAUAGUUUAGAAGUUCAGCGAUUUAUAUGUUAUUUUCUUUAUUAAAUUGCGAAUGUGUAUUGGGCAUUUUUCUCUGAAUAAGAAUAUUAGUAUCAUCGAAGUAUGGUAUCCAUUUUGUGAACAAUCGUGUUGUGUGGCGCUUGUUAUCUUAGUAAGAUGGAUGGUAUUAAUGAAUAUUGGAUCUAUCAAGAAAAACACAUUAUUAUUCACUCUUAGAGAGUGAUGGACUCAUAUAAUUUAUUUGGUGAUGAUGGAAGCGGUAUGUUGGAAGAACUCAAUGACCUUGGAGGAUCAGACAGUUUUGCUGGCAGCACUUCUUCGGGGGUAGCAAGUGACAACAAAGAUAAUACAGACAACAGUUACAGACAAUCAUAUCCUGCAAGUAGUGUGCCACCAGAGGGCACAAUACAAAAACUGGCUUCCUUCGGUAGCAAUAAUUCUCAACCAGUUUCAAAUCCGGGUGGUCCUCCUCCAACAGACUACCAUGAAUAUGGUGCAUAUCCUCCACGACCACGGAUGCCUCAGCCCCCACAUGCACCAAUUCAUCCAUCUCACCAUGUCCAUCCGUCACACGCGUAUCCUGGAUAUCAUCCAGGACCUGAGCCCAUGUAUGCUAUGCCGGAACAAGGAAUCGGUGAAAUGGGAGUUUGGUCCAGUGCUCCUGGAGCCAAUAGAUAUGCACCAAUCGCACCUGGAUACAGACAUUCUUAUGAACACCAACAGAAAAUGCACCAGUAUGCUCCUCAACAGGCUACAGGCAUUGGAAGUCUUCAAGCACAGAACACUGGCUAUAUUCCAAGGCAACCUCACUUUUCUCAACCAUCUUCUCAGCAGUUAUAUGCUCAACAAGGGUAUCCCAAUUAUACACAAAUGCAUCCUCCUACAUCUGCAAGAAUUAGCCAACAUCCCUCGUAUCACCAACAAAUGGAAGUAAAUUCACAUCAGUAUGGACUAUCCCAUGGACAGCAAACUCAUAGUGCAUUAGCACAACAUCAAAGCCAUCAAGCUAUGUCAAGCCAUACAGGUCCAAUUGGACCUGGUCUACAAGGUCACCCGAAUCCGCAUUUACAUCAUGGUGGACCACCCCUUCACCAUGUCCCGCGACAGCCCAUAGUGUCAUCAUCAUCUGUUGGUACAAAUCAUCCUUCACAAAUGCCAUUUGCAUCACCACAUCAUUCCGUUCCAAUGAAUUAUCAACCUCAUCAAGUGCAACAUCCCCUCGAUGUUAAUGUGACGAAUCAAUAUGGUUCUGUAAAACCUAGUCUUGAAACAGGAAGUCCGCAAUAUCGGCCACCAUUUCCACAACUGUCUCCACAAAUGUCACCACGAGCCCAAAUGUCGCCGCGUCAGCAACCACAAUCGCAACCACAGGUUUCACCGCGUCCAGUGAUGUCGCCAGUUAAGGGACCCAGUGCAUCUCCCCAUAGUGCACGUAGUAUCGUGCAAUCACCGGCAUCGGGUCCACCACCAGUGUCAACAGCCUACACGUCACAAAAUACUCUACAAGCCUUAGAGCAAAUGGUUUUACCUACUAAUGAAUAUCAAUUUCAACGUAACCAAGCCUCACCAGCCAUUAGUCAUAAUAUAUCUUCAGCUGCACAGUGGAAUCAAAGCAAAAUUGCAACAUCUAUCAAUAAUAGUAACAUAAUGCCUAUAGAUACGUCUGAUCAUUCUCUGAAGGUUCCUGAAGCUGCUGCUACACCAGAAAUAAAUAAAAGUAUUUCUUUUUCUUCACCUCUUAUAGAAAAAAAGGAAGCACCUGUUGUUGAGUGUGAUAAAAAGGCUGAAGAUUCUAGUAACUCUCAAGGAUUUAUGCUUUCUAACACUUUACAUGCUACUAGUAAUACAAAACCACCUCCUAUUACAUUAAUGGGGCAGUCGUCUGUCUUGAGUGAAAAUGAUGACCCUAAAGAAAAUUUAUCACAAGUAAAUGAAGGGAGUGAAGAUCUGUUAAAAAUUGAAACAUCAGCUAACAGAGAAGAUGCAAAAAAUGAUAUAACAACUAAUAAAGAUGCAGUUGUUGAUGAAGAUACAAAGAAAGUUGAGACUAAAGAAAUAAAUGAUGAACUUAUUAAAGAAUCGCGGCAAACAGUAAGCCAAACUUCUGUAAAUAUAGACACUCCAACUGAAUUGGCCACUAAUGUUCAACAAUUACAACCUCCUUUGCCACCAAUGGUCAAUAAAUUUGAAACAUCUCCUUUGAACAUGGAUAGGACUUUUCAACACACAUAUCAAAAUAUCCCAUCUAUGCUAUCCACAGGAUUACCAGGCAAUUUAACUAUGAGUAUACCAAACCCUAUGCAAAACAGUUCCCCUAUUAGCACAGCCUCAACAUUUAAGAGUGUGCACACUGCAAUUACUAAGUCAGAAACUAAUCUCCCAUUGAGCCAGUCAUUGCAACCUCCAAAUAUUUCUACAGUGGCUACUUCUAGUAUGCCUAUUCACAGUGCACCUAGUAAUAUAAAUUGUGUACAGCUCGGUCCUAGUAUUAUGAAUAUACAAACAAGUGUUCAUAAUACACCAACCCCCAAUAACACUCUUAAUCAAGCACCACCAAAUGUUCAGGUAGGUAUACCGAUGGGUGGUCAAAACAUUCAUCCCAGUAUGUCAUCACAUUUACCGACAAAUCAACCUAAUAUGUUGCAGCCAGUAUCCCACCCAAAUAUUAUUAUCAUGGGUUCAAAUAAUGUUGGGCAUCCCACUAUGCCACCCUUAUAUGCAGCUUCCCAUCAUCAAGAAAGAGCUGCAUUGCAACAACAAAUUCAAGAAAUAUAUUGCUUACCACCAUCAAGUGAAAAUCAAGAAAAAGUAAGAUGCUUACAGGAACGGUUAUCAAUGUUACAACAACAUGAAACAAAUGAUAAAUGUAGUGGCGGUCCAAAUUGUAUUUUACAAAAUCCUAUAUAUGGCUCAAAAAUGGUCGAAAGUCCACAAGUAACAAGUACUACAGGACGAGGAAGAGGAAAAGGUCCUGCUAAACCAAGAAAACCUCGAGCCAAAAAGGAUAAGAUGUCUAAUUUGUCUCAAUCUUUAGCUCAACUACCUGUUUCGGAAGACUGUGUAACUGCUGGAACAGGGCUUCAAGGAAAUACUGAGAUUGAUGCGGAGAUCGUAGAUGAAUCUCUUAAUUUGGAUAGUAGUGCUAUUUUAAUUAGUGAUGCAGUAAAAACUAAAAAAGUUCGUGGUCCAAGAAAAAAUAAAGAAAGAAAACCACGUACCCCUAAAGAACCUAAAAUACCAAAAGAUACGGCUGAUAAACCAGUUAAAGAACGUAAGAAACGCGUGCCUAAAGAUCCUAAUACGCCUAGACGCAAAAGAAAUGUUAAGAGAGGUAUUUCAGAAUUUCAAGCUGAUACGACUACUGGUAAUGAUAUUUUAGAAAAAGAUAGUAUGCAUGUGAGCGCAAACGAUGUUUCUAUAAAUAACAGUAAUUUAAAUGAUUCUAUGCCAACUGUGGGAGAUUUGCCUAGUCUAGAUGACUCAAACGUUACCGAUUUUGAUGAUAUUCCAGUCUCUAAAAUAGCUAUUAAGGACCUUUUAGACGAAGCUGAAGCUAAAAAGGAACAAAUUGAGAUUGACGAUGACUUUGAUAGCUUAGGCAGGAAAAAAUCAAAGAAACGAUCGUCUGCUGGAGGAAGUGGUAAGAAACUUUUAACAAGAAGAACACCAGCUGGCAAACGCAAACGAAGAGGUGGAUUGAUACCGGAUUCAGAUGGAGAACCAGAUGAUUUAGCUUCUACGCCACCACCGUCACCUCCGUUGGAAGGUGAUGACAGUCUUAAGAGGCGUUCAGCAAGACAUACUCAACGAAAAAAAUAUACAGAUGAUGUUAUGUUGAGGCUCUCUGACGAAGAAUUUUCGAUGACGACUGCAAGACAAGAAAAGGAUUUCGAUGAUUCCCUCGAAAUGAAAGAUAUAAAUAGACCAGAAGGAACGCCUAAACCUAAUUAUAUGUACGUCAACACCACUGACGAAGAUUCAAUGAUAGUUCAGCAUGUACUGGCAUGUCGAAUGGGUAAGAGGCAGGUUAAACCUGAAACACAAGUAAGCGUACAAAAAGACUUAAUUGAUAUUGAAAAUAAUAAAAAAGAAACAUCUCUAGGUACAGAAAAUGUUGAUGUUACAAACAACGAAAAUCAAAAUAAUUGUGAAGAACCUCAAACUAGUCAAAAUAAACAAGAAAUUACCACGCCUGUAGUCGAGCCUGCAAAUAUGAAAACCGAAUCAAAUAAUAUUGAAAGUGAUAAAACUGAUGAUAAACCUAUAAUCGUGGAUGUAGAAGAAUAUUAUGUUAAGUAUAGAAAUUUUUCAUACUUGCAUUGUGAAUGGAAAACUGAAGAAGAACUUUACAAAGGCGAUAAACGUAUAUUUUCCAAAAUCAAGCGUUUUAAACAAAAACAAGCACAGCAAAUGAAUAUUUUUGAGCUUCUUGAUGAUGAACCUUUCAAUCCCGACUACAUAGAGGUGGAACGAAUACUGGAUAUGUCGGAAAACCAAGAUCCUGCUAAUAAUACUGUUGUUAAACACUACCUAGUUAAAUGGAAGAGCUUACAAUAUGAAGAUAGUACUUGGGAAUUGGAAGAAGAUAUAGAUGUGGAUAAAAUAACACAAUACAAAAUUUUUAGUGAAUUACCACCUAAAGAAAAAUGGAAGUUUAAAAAACGGCCGUGCCCUGACUUAUGGACACAACUCAAGGAGUCCCCCUUAUACAAAGGUGGUAAUACUCUGAGGCCAUACCAACUCGAAGGCUUGAAUUGGCUUUUAUUUUCGUGGCAUAAUAACCGUAAUUGCAUUUUAGCUGACGAAAUGGGCCUUGGAAAAACAAUUCAAAGUCUAACAUUUGUAAAUGCAGUGUGGGAAUAUGGUAUCCGUGGCCCAUUUCUUAUUAUUGCGCCACUUUCAACGAUUCCUAACUGGCAACGUGAAUUUGAAGCAUGGACUGAUAUGAAUGUUAUUGUAUACCACGGUUCGCAACAGAGUAAAAGUAUGAUUCAAGAAUACGAGUUCUUUUAUAAGAACGAAAAUGGGGAACCAAACAAGGAAAUUACGAAAUUCAAUGUUUUGAUAACAACAUUCGAAAUUAUAGUUACUGAUUUUCAGGAAUUGAGAUCUUUUAAUUGGCGUAUCUGUGUUAUCGAUGAAGCACAUCGGCUUAAAAAUAGAAAUUGUAAAUUGUUGGAAGGGCUUCGGCAGUUACAUUUAGAACACAGAGUUUUGUUGUCCGGUACGCCAUUACAAAAUAACGUGAACGAACUGUUUUCUCUACUUAAUUUCCUUGAGCCUUCUCAGUUUUCGAGUAGCGAUGCAUUUUUGACAGAGUUUGGUCAAUUAAAGACAGAAUCAGAAGUAUUAAAAUUACAAGCUUUAUUGAAACCAAUGAUGUUACGACGUUUGAAAGAAGACGUGGAAAAAACAUUAGCACCAAAAGAAGAGACAAUAAUUGAGGUAGAAUUAACUAACAUUCAAAAGAAAUACUACAGAGCUAUACUUGAAAGAAACUUUAGUUUCUUACAAAAAGGAAUUUCAUCUGCGGCUAACAUUCCUAAUCUUAUGAAUACCAUGAUGGAGCUUAGAAAAUGUUGUAUUCACCCUUAUCUUCUAAAUGGAGCUGAGGAACAAAUUCAAUUUGACUACAAACAAACUUAUGGAGAAGACAAGGAAGCUUAUUAUGAGGCUAUUAUUCAAUCAUCCGGCAAAAUGGUUUUAGUAGAUAAACUUCUGCCAAAAUUAAAAGCUGGCGGUCACCGAGUCUUAAUUUUUAGUCAAAUGGUAAGAUGCUUGGAUAUUUUAGAAGACUAUUUAGUCUUUAGAAAAUAUCCAUAUGAAAGAAUAGACGGCCGUAUACGAGGAAAUCUAAGACAAGAAGCUAUUGACAGAUUUUCAAAACCAGAUUCUGAUCGUUUUGUAUUUUUACUGUGUACAAAGGCUGGUGGAUUAGGCAUUAAUUUAACAGCUGCUGACACUGUCAUUAUUUACGACAGUGAUUGGAACCCUCAGAACGAUCUGCAAGCUCAAGCUCGAUGCCACCGAAUAGGUCAACUUAAAAUGGUGAAAAUAUAUAGGUUAAUUUGCCGUAAUACUUACGAAAGGGAAAUGUUUGAUAAAGCUUCAUUAAAACUAGGUUUAGAUAAAGCAAUAUUGCAAAGCAUGAAUACAUCACAAGGCAAAGAGACUGGCUUAAAACAGUUAUCAAAAAAAGAAAUAGAGGACUUACUAAAGAAAGGUGCAUAUGGUGCUGUGAUGGAUGAAGAUAAUGCAGGGGAUAAGUUUUGCGAGGAAGAUAUUGAAAUGAUUCUUGCACGACGAACACAAAUCAUACAGAUGGAGUCCGAGAAAGGCUCGACCUUUUCUAAGGCUAGCUUUGCUGCCACUGAUCAACGAUCUGAUAUAGAUAUAAGAGAUCCAGAUUUUUGGAAUAAAUGGGCUAAAAAGGCUGAAAUUGAUACCACAGAGAAAAAGGAAGAUGAAGAUUUAAUUGUAACAGAGCCGCGGAAGCGGACGAUCAUCAAAAGAUAUGGACAUGAUGAUGGACCUAUGGAGAUGUCCGACAUGGAAGUUACGCCUGAUUCUGAAGAGGAUGAGGAUGGAGUAAGUCUCAGAAGUAAAAAGAAGAAAGACAAAUUUGGUCGCAAAGGUAGGCGAUAUGGAAGUGACGAUUACGUCCCUCGCCAUGAAGGUGUUCCAGUUGAUGAAGAAGUUGUUUAUGGCUCCUGGACACGAUCAGAAUGUUUCAAGAUUGAAAGAGGUCUACUAACGUUCGGCUGGGCAAGAUGGGAAGAAGUUGUAGAUAGAAAUCAACUACGGAAAGGCUGGACAAUACCAGUGAUUGAAGACUGUGCGAGGAUAAUUGUACUAUUUUGUCUUAGACACUAUAAAGGUGAUGAGAAAAUUCGAAACUUUAUCUGGGAUUUGAUAGAACCAUGUGAAAAUGGUGAAGUAACAAUAUCAAGAAAUCAUAGUGGACUGCAUAAUCCCGUACCAAGAGGCCGAAAUGCAAAGAAGAAGAACAGAGUAAAAGAUAUACCCAAACAGCAUGAUCUACAGAAAUGGGAGGACGGGAACCACUGGAGUUCAGAAGAGAAAUAUGACUGUGAAGCUUAUCUGGAGAGUAGUUACAAGAAACAUUUGUUUAGACAUGCUAACAAAGUACUGUUGAGGGUGCGUAUGAUGUACUACAUCAAACAUGAAGUAAUCGGCGACUACGCGGCGCAGAUUGACAAUGGAACUCACGCUAGCACUUUGGGAAUGAGAGUUCCACGGGGAGUUGACAGUGCACCUCCACGUCUUUGGUGGGACACAGAGUGUGAUAUCUCAUUGCUCGUGGGCACAUACAAACAUGGCUACGAGAAUUAUCUAGCAAUGCGAUCCGACCCGCAGCUCUGUUACGUUGAAAAGCUGGGCCCGCCAGAUGAUGCUGAGUGUACCGAUAUCAAAAGCGAGGAACGAAAAGUCCGCGGAAGCGUAGUGGGAGAUGAAGAUUGUACCGAUGACGUGUCGAGCGGCGCUGCCACCUCGCCGCGACCUGAUGACGACCCCACCCACCCCUGGCCUUCCAUGCAAGACCUGAACACGCGGCUGCGGAGGCUCAUCACAGCCUAUCAAAGAAACUAUAAACGAGAGGAACUCAAAAUGCAACAGAGAGCUAAGAUGGAAAGGAGAGAACGAAUGGACCAACUAGUGCGCGAUGAAGUAUCUCAGUGGAGAUGGACACGAGCUGAUGAAGAGGCAUUCCGACGUACGGUUGCAUCGUAUGGCGUGGAAUUUGAUCCCUCAACGAAAAGUUUACGGUGGAAUCGAUUCCGUUCAUUGGCUCGAUUGGAUUCCAAGAGUGAUGAUGCCUUAACAGACUACUUGAAGGCGUUUAUGGCGAUGUGUAAACGCCAAUGCGGUCUCUCCGUUGGCGAAGCGGAAUUGCCUACAAGAGCUGAUUUAAAGGCUGAACCAAUUGGGGAGGAGAGAGCCAUUGCAACUUUGGAAAGGAUCGACCUGCUGCGUGUACUGCGGGAGGAGGUGGCGCCUCAUCCGGCCCUGGAGGCGCGACUGGCGCUGUGCGAACGAGCUCAUGACACGCCGCCCUGGUGGCAGCCGGCCAGCCAUGAUAAAUACCUGGUGCUGGGAGUGUGCAAACAUGGGCUAGGAGAUACAUUUACAAAAUUAUUUUGCGAUACUAAAAUGCCUUUUGCUGACUCUGCGAGAAAAUGGUAUUCCAAAUACAAGGCUAGCAAAGUUGAAAAACAGAAUUCAGAUGACGAAGAGAAGUCCGGUAACCGUUCGGAAAAUUCUACAGAAACACGAAUGUCUUUACGUCGCAGCAAGCGUACUUCCACCAUACCUGACCGGGAUGCUGACGACGAUACCGAUGCCCUGUCUGAGUUAGAAAAUCUGGCGAAAUUGGGAAGAAUUGAGGAGUCGCUAUCUCCAGAACAAUGGUUUACUGAACGAGCGCUAGAGACGCGACUACAUCACAUCGCGCACGCUGUGCAAAAUUGUGAAUGGCCAGCCGUAUCGACAUCCAUGAUUAAGAAUGAAGAAAACGCUAUAGACACUACGGAGGAUCGGAAGCAACCCCAGAAACGUCACAUUGCUAUCGACGUAGAGACAGAGCGCGCAAAGUUGCAUGCGCUUCUAUCUUCACCUCAAGCUGCACAUACGAGCGUGCGUGAUCACCGUACGGCAAGCGGUAGCGCCAAUGUAGCGGGAAGCGAGCGUGAUGAUGCUUCAAGCGAUUCUGGAUCCCGGCGUUCGACACCGGCGCCUCCUCCUGCUCACCAACGCGUAGCUCCUUCUCCUGCGCCCUCAGUUCCACCCUCUCCCUCGCCUUCAGCGUCUGCCCCAGUGGAUCUCUCUGCUCCUUUGGAUCUUAGUGAAGCACAAGACUUUUCAAUGGGCCGACGUACACCUCAAAGCGAGCCUUCCCCAGCUCCACCUGCUCGAAGCAGAUUGGAUGACACACUCAAUAGGCUUAUGAAGAGGAAGAAUGUGCCUGCACAAGAACAAAUAGUAGGCAAAGAAAAGAAACGAAAGAAGCUGGACGAAAUCGUUCUCGGUUUAUCAGCAGCAAAAGUACGAGGUCCGAGUUCAAGUGCCUUAAAUGAACCUCCGAAAAGUAAAAACACAACUAUUUUACCAGAAGUGACUGUAACUCCUGCAGCACCACCCUCUUCUAGCGCACAGCCGUUGCAAAAGCCAUUUUCGGUCACUGUAACUAAUGUACCAUCACCUCAUACAUCUUCAAAGGAAUUAUCCUCAUUCCUUCAACAAUCACUAGAGCAAAGUAAGACUCCUAAGAAUACACCACCAGUCGUACAAACUAAACCAUUCUCACAUGAAGCUAAAGUUAACAAGUGGUUAGCUGAACAAGCUACAGUGGAUAACAGGCGACGGGGGGUUGCUCCGAGACUUUCACCAGACGAGCAUGUUCCUGUAGUUCACCGUGUUAGUGGUAAGCGACUUGUAGGCCAUAAAGCACCUCAAUUGAAACAUCUUGCUCAAUGGAUUGCUGAGAAUCCCAUGUACGAUAUAGAUGCGAAAUGGACAGAAGGUAUCAAAGAACAUGUGAAACUGCCUCAAGAUGUUCGAAGUCAGAGACAUUCACCAAUGCAGACACCAACAAGUAUGCCAGAGCGUAAGAAGGGUAGACCGCCAACACUUGACUCACCAUCAACCAAUGUAUUAUCUGGCUCACAUAUGAAUCAAAACCUAGCUGGUCUGAAUCCUGCACUCCUUGCUAGUUUGUCCAGUCUUAGUGCUUUUGACCCCAAGACGCUAGCAGCUACUUUAUCCAAUUUAACCGGUUUUGACCCUAAGUUACUGUCUAGCUUAAGUAGUUUUGAUCCGAAAAAUAACCCAUUAUUAAACUCUUUUAGUGGGAUGCCUAACUUAUUGGGAAACAUGGCGGGCAGUAAUAUUUUUGCCAAUUUAGCUGGAUUAGGCCUACCAGGAUUUUCCUCUUUAGAUAUGAAUAGUCUAGGAGGUAACCCCAGUAGCAACUCAGGGGAAAGCAAAUCGAAAUCUAGGAAACCAGAAUCUACAAGUACAUCGUCCUCUAAAUCAAGUAGUUCACAAUUUCCUUUUGUUUUUCCAAAUCCUAAUAUGCUUUACCCCCAGCUAGGAUUGGGUGGACUAUCGCCAUUUGGGGUACAUCCUGGAAUGUCUUCACCUUAUGAUGCCCUAGGGCUUCUAAGUGGUAAUUUAUCUGCAGCAUCUAGUGCUGCAACAAUGCAUAGCAGUUCACGCAGCAGUACAAAGACUUCUACUCCGAGAUCUUCAACAGUUGUAACUCCAACAUCUACUUCGAGGCAAAAGGUUUCUGAUAGACAACAGUCAAGUAAUCUACCUCAAAUUCUUUUACCACCUGAUCCAUAUUUAUUGGAGUCUAUAUCAAAACAAACAUUAAACUACGACAGUGGUAUGAAGUCCGACAAAAGAACAAGGGAUUCGGAUUUACAUGAAGCGGCAGCGACAGAUUUGUCUAAAAUGGAUAAAAAGAAGAUUCAAUAUAGUAUGCAGUCUCAAAUGCCCCCAGAAUUUGCCGCUGUUCAAGAGAAAUUGCUAAAAGGUGAUAAAAAAGAUAUAGAUAUAAGUAAGAUGCUAUUAGAACAAAUGGCAUCAGGCGCUCUUAGUGCUAGUCUUGUCAGCUCGGUGGAAACAAAAAAAAAUAGAGAUGAAAAGGAAUAUGAUAAAUUUAUGAAACAGGCAUCCGAAUAUAUGCCUAGACAUACAAAUGACGAUGCUAACGUAAACAUUUCUUUAGGAGGAACUAAAAGAGUUAUAGAUGAAACAAACAUUGAACCUGAGAACUUGGCUAUGCAAACUGCUUCCAAGAGACUAAAAGAAAGUAAAGAAUCUUCAACAUCAAACAGAGAUAAGCAACAAAAUACUCCCACUCACACUGGAGAAAUGGACUUGGAAGAUUUGAUUGCACCUUCAACUGUGAUUAAAACUGGUAUUAAGGGAAGCGAUUACGAAAUGAAUCGAGCUAUGGAAUCUACCCAUUCGCAUACUUCUAAUAAUACUUUAGAGAGAAAUGACACUUCACAAUCAAGACUAACAAGCCCAAAUCAAAUGAUGCAAUACGAUGACAACUCUUCCCUUGUUGUAGAUUGCUCCAAUAAAUUUGAAGGCGAUCACAAAGCCGACAGUUUAAUGGAUGAGAAUGGGGAUUCUAACAACGCCGAUAACGGACGUAAGGCUAGUAAGAAGAAGACUAGAAAAUCAUCCGACGAAAACUUAACUUGUCCAAGACGCGAACUACGAUCUAGUUCAACCAGACAAUCUUUCGAUUCAUCACCAAUUAACUGAUUCUAUAGAUUCUCGCGAACCAUGACGAGAUUAUAAACAGUUUUGAUCUGUUUUUGGUAUUUGCUUACGAUAAAUAGAAAACUCUCGAUAAAUAAUACUACCGCGAUUAUAACAUACUUGUUUAUACGUAGGAUGUCAUGAAGGGAUCGUGGUCACCUCGACAAAAUCUUUAUGCCACUCCAAACUCAGUUUGUAAAAUUAAGCAAAUAAUGUGUAGGAGUUAGGAAACUCGGGAUCUCUUUAUACUUAGAUGAAGUUAACUUGUAUUUGCCUCUUUUAUUGACGUGAUCAAGCUCGCAUUGUAUUCCCAUCAAUAAUUGACUUGCUUUAUUUAUAUACAUACACCUGAUUUUUUAUCAUAAUAUUUUUAUUAUUUUGAACAUUUUUAGUAGUAAUUUUAAUUAAUCGUGUAAAAUAUUUAAAGACUGCGUAUUGUACGUUUUUCAAUCACAAUUUAUUCUGUAAGAAAAAUUGCUAAUGAUUAUUAGUGCAUCUUCUUUAUUUUUAUAUAGAUUAUACAAACCUCGUAAAUCAUGAUCCAAAGAUGUUUGAAGUAUUUUUACCGUAAAUAAUUUUUUCCAUUAAAUCGUUUCAAAACAAAGCAAUUCCAAAUAUUAUAUUGCAGUAGAGUAAGUUGAAAUGACACUUGCAUGCAGCGAACUCAAAAAUUAGGAUCUGCCGUAAAUAUUAAUUUAGUUAAACGUCAAUCAAUCAUUUAUCAAGAAAUAUGUUUAUUUCUGGUGUGUGAUUCCAGACGAACUAUUAUGACUGUAUACCAAUACGAGAAUAUUUACUAAUCAUUUGAAAUGUAAUAUAAUUAACAAAAUAUUAAUGGCGCUUAAAAUCAAUAAAAAAAAUAGGUCAUCGGCAUCGGGCGUUCAUUUACCUUUGGAGAAUAUCUCAAAAUAUAUGAAGUUGCGUAAUAAAUAUUAUUAUUAUUAUUCAAAAGUCAUAAAAGUCGCGCGGCUAAAACCAAUCGGACAUAAAUCGAUGAGAUCAAUUUUGUGAUUGUCUUGCAAGUAAAUAGGUACAUUUGGACUUAUGGUUAUGAAAUUUGUAACGUAACUUGGUCACUCAUUUUAUUUAUUCGGUAUCUUCCUUACUAAUAGUUACAAGAAUGAUACUAACAUUAGCAUUAAGUAUAAUAAUCGCGUACUGUUUAAUUGUUAAGUUAUUGUUUCUACCUUAGAAUAUAAUUUUUACGUAUCGUAGUUAUUAUUUUCUCACAAAUAAUGGAUGUUAGUGUGACAAAAAUAUACAAUGCGGUGAUUCAUGCUGGGAAAUUUGUAAACGCUGAAUGUGAUAAAUAAAUUAUUACAUUGUAUUCAUAAUAUUAUGCAUGCAUUGCUGUAAUUUUGGCAAUUAAUUUUAUUGUAUUGUAGAUACAUCAAAUAUUAUCACGAAAUAUAAACACAUUAUAAAAA